CCCCUUUCUCCCCCCCAUAUCCACCCUUCAGUUCUGCAUUAUCCCUCCUUCUCCUCCACCUUUUGCCCCUCUUCCACUUCUCAUUUCCCCCCAUUCUCCCUCUCAUUACCCCCCCUUGUCCCUCUCAUUUCACCCCCUUCUUCCCCUCCUUUAUGUACCCAUUUUUCCAUAACAAACCCGACUCAGAUCGCUCACAAAUCCCCCUUUUCUCCCUGUCAUCCUCCCCCUUCCUUCUCCCUGUCAUUACCCCACUACUCCCUCUCAAAGCCCCCUUGCUCCCUCUCAGUAACCCCACUGCUCCCCUUCAUUUCCCCCCCUGCUCCUUAUCACUUCCCCCACUUCUCCCCCUCAUUACCACCCUUGCCGCCUCACACUUUCCCCAUUGCUCACUCUCAUUUCCCGCCUUGCACCCUCUUGUUUUCCCCCUUGUCCCCCCCUCGUCUCCCCCCUUUCUACCAGGCAGUUCUCUCCCUGCUCACACUGACAUACGCCCCCUUCUCCGUCUCACUUCCCCCCACGCUCAUCCACAUUCCAGCCCUUCUCCCUAACAUUUCCUCCCUUGCUCCUCCCAACUCCCCCCCUUCUCCCUCUCAUUUCCCCCUUGCUCACGAGGAUUUUCCCCCUUCUCCAGCUCAAUUCCCCCCACCUCCCUCUCAUUUCCCCCCUUCACCCUUGCGUUUCCCCCCAUUCUCCCUCUCAUUACCCCCCACCCCCCCCCCCCCUCCCCCCCCUUUGUCCCUCUCAAUUCACCCCCUUCUCCCCCUCCUUUAUCUACCCUUAUGUUCCUCUCAAAUACCCCUUUUAUCCCUCUCAGUUUCCCCCUUACUCCAGCUCAUAACCCUCUUUCUCCAUCUCAUUUCCCCCACGUCGCUCCCUAUCAGCCCCCCGAACCACCCCCCCCCCUGUCACCACCAUCUUCCCCCCCAUGCUCCCACUCAUUGCCCUACCUUCUCCCCCACAUGUCCCCCCUUUCUCCCUCUCAUUUCCCCCCCAUUCCCCUCGUCCCCACAUUGCCCCCCUAAUUUCCAACCUUGCUCCCUCUCAGCCCGCCCCAUUCUCGCCCUCAUUUCCCCCUACUCCCUCUCUGUAACCCCACUGCUCCCCAUCAUUUUCCCCCUUGCUCCUUUUCACUUCCCCCACUUCUCCCCCUUAUUACCACCCUUGCCGCCUCACACUUCCACCCUUUCCCCCCUUGCUCCCCCUCAUCCCGCCCACUUCUCACCAUCAUUUCCCCCCUCUUCUGAUCCUCAUUUUCGCCCUUCCCCCUUCCUAUUCGGACCUUGCUCCCCGCCAUUUCCCCCCAUGCUCCUUCUCACUUUCAACCGUGCUCCCCCUCAGUUCCACCCUUGCCUUCUCUCCCUGCUCACACUGACAUACGCCCCCUUCUCCGUCUCACUUCCACCCACGCUCAUCCACAUUCCAGCCCUUCUCCCUAACAUUUCCUCCCUUGCUCCUCCCAACUCCACCCCUUCUCCCUAUGCUUCCCUCGUAUUUGAUUGA